GACAAAUUAAACCGAAUUAGAGCGAUCCAGGAAGACUCUUCCACCGGACAGUCCGAGCACACCGGAUUUCUGCGGAGAUCUUCAUGUGAUGAACUAAAAGGCUGUGCUAGAAUGUCAAACUUUGCGAACUGCAUCUGACGAGACGAGGACAAUAACUCGCUGAGAAGAACGUUACACAAACUGUGGGUUUCACUUGAAGAUCAACAUGAAGUUCGCCCAGAUCAUGCUGAAGAACAGCUCGAAGCUGAACAUACCUAAACAAGUGGACAGGUUUUCAAAGUACUCUCCGUCCCCGCUGUCAAUGAAGCAGUUCAUUGACUUUGGAUCAGCCAAUGCCUGUGAAAAGACCUCCUUCAUGUUUUUAAGGCAAGAGCUUCCUGUCCGUUUAGCCAACAUCAUGAAGGAGAUCGACUUCCUCCCGGACAAACUGCUCAGCACUCCUUCAGUGAAGCUGCUUCAUAGCUGGUAUGCACAGAGUUUGAUGGAGCUUGUUGACUUUUUGGAGAAAGACCCUGAUGAUAAAAAAAUCCUAACUAAAUUCACAGAAACGCUGAUCAAUGUCAGGAACAGGCACAACAAUGUGGUGCCCACCAUGGCACAGGGAGUCCUGGAGUACAAGGAGGCCUUUGGCGUGGAUCCCGUGACCAAUCAGAAUGUCCAGUAUUUUUUGGACCGCUUCUACAUGAGCCGAAUCUCCACACGCAUGCUGAUGAAUCAGCACACGUUAAUCUUCGAUGGCAGCACCAAUCCAGCCCACCCUAAACACAUUGGCAGCAUCGACCCAAACUGUGAUGUUGUGGAGGUUGUAGAAGAUGCCUAUGAGAGUGCCAAGAUGCUGUGUGAUCAGUACUACUUGACCUCUCCCGAAGUGGAAAUCAAACAAGUGAACUUUAAAGGAACCAGUGACCCUAUACAUAUAGUUUAUGUCCCUUCUCAUCUGUACCACAUGCUCUUUGAGCUCUUCAAGAAUGCAAUGAGAGCAACUGUGGAAACCCAUGAGACCAGCCUACAUCUACCACCAAUCAAAGUGAGAGUUUCUUUAGGAAGUGAAGAUCUGACCAUCAAGAUGUCUGACAGAGGAGGUGGAGUUCCUUUGAGGAAAAUCGAAAGGCUUUUCAGCUACAUGUAUUCAACUGCACCGAGUCCUGUGUCUGAAAUCAGCCGUAAUGCUCCCCUGGCUGGUUUUGGCUAUGGUCUUCCUAUUUCCCGCCUUUAUGCCAAGUACUUCCAGGGAGAUCUGCAGCUCUACUCUAUGGAGGGAUACGGCACGUCGGCAGUCAUAUACCUAAAGGCCUUAUCAACUGAAUCAAUAGAAAGACUUCCUGUCUUCAAUAAGUCAGCCUUAAGGCAUUAUCAAACGAGCAUGGAGGCAGACGACUGGUGCAUCCCGAGCAGCGAGCCCAAGAAACUGGGAAAGUACGAGUACAGUGUUUGAGAGGAAUGAGAAGCUCAUACGAUAAACAUAAGAACUGAACUAUAGUGGAGUUCAUUUGGGUAACCAUCAAUGUGACUGUUGAGAUAUUUCAGACGCUUGAGUUGAUAAUUGACUUUAUGAAUGUUUCAGUCUGAAUAACAAGGGCAUUUUUGUCUUCCACAUCUCACAUUGCUUAUAAUACACCAUGCACUUCAUUUGCUAUGCCAACUCACAGGACAUUCUUCUUCAGUGGUGUCAGAGACUUCAGUCGAAUAUACUAAAGCUGAUAGGUUGUUUGAGCACUUGUUGAUUCCUACACAUUACCACAGAUUCUGUAAGUGUGUUUUAGAGUAGAGAACUUUUUAGUCAGUGGGGCCAAGUUACCAGCUUUGUGUGAGUUAUAGCAUGUAUUUCUAGCAAAUAUUUGGGAGAACACACAAUAAUCUGAAAGUAACCAAGGCUUUAUAUAGUUUGGUGGUUAAAAAUAUUAGAAUGACCAUAGUUGUGUGUUGCUUUAUUGUGAUCUUGAAAUGUUCCUCUAACAGUUGGACCUAAUGUCUAACACUCCAUUUACUUUUGAGUGUAAAAAUGAGAUGCUAUCAGUAAGGCCAAAUCAUUUCAUAAACAUGUGAGAGUUGCUGUCACAAUGACAUCCAAGUUACUUCACUGACAUUAAAAACAAUGAAUUUAAUUUGACACUCUAUCUAACAUGUAAUAAUAAUAGAUUGAGUUGUGUUAGGAGAAACCGACAUAGUAAGUUUGGGCCCAGGUUCAUCGCUAUGUUAUUCAUUUAUUUAAAACUGGCUAGAUGGAUUAGACAGUGUUACUUUUUGCUAUGUGUGUGAAGCUUUUUGGCCACAAAAAGUUAUGAUCUUUGUGACAGCAGCUUCUGGCUGAACAUUUCAGGUAUUCUGUAUGAACAAAAAUGACAUGUAGCUCUAUUUGAUUUAUUUUGUUAGCAUGAAAACACUGAAGAGGCAAUAUUUUCAUUAUUUUCAUUUGCGUAUAAAUGAAAGAUGAAUGAAAUGGCUUGUUUUUAAAUAUAUUAUCUCAGGAUUGUGCUGAUUUGCCUUUCUAGUUUUGUCUGUGUUUUUUUAGUCAUUCGAUUUUGUUUUUGUUGUUUUGUUUUACUUUUACUGUAAUAUUUGCAAAGUUGGCUUUUUGAAAGCAAUGUAAAGGACCUGUAUGAAUUUUACGGGAACUCAACUGGCAGCAGCUGCUCUUUUUCAAGUGACACUCACGAGCAGUUUGCUCCGCUAACAUGUAUUUGCCUCGUUCAGAGAUGGAAGUAUUUAGACAACCUCAAUAGAUCAUUUGCACAUUUCAAGCUGUAAUCAAGAACUGACAUGUUGAUGUUAUUCGUUCAUACCUCAUAAGCUUCAUUUGCCGUCAUGUUGAGCUUGACAUACCCAUCCUCGUGAAAUCACACCUGCUUCUUGACGUGUUCUUGAUACACAAUCCUGUAUUCACAAAGAAGCAACUGUGUUAAUGAAUACACAGUGUUAUCCAUAAAACUCACUCGUGCAGUGAGAGAGUGCCAUUUUCUGUACUAUUAAAACAAUGAAUGAAGAAAAAAAAAUAGUUUUCCUUUUU